ACUUCUAAUUUGGAAAUCGACACGACGAACUAUUUUUUCCUCCCCUUGUUCUUACUCACUCUUUUUUUUUUAAUCUCCCUAUUCUUCUUCCACUCAUUCGUCGUUGCAUGUGUCAAUCUCGGAAAUUGUAGUUUUUAUCUAUUUUUAUUCAUCCUCACAACGGAGCACUGCAACACCCUUUUGCGUCGGUACUGCAAAUAUAUCUCACGAUUUCCUUCGACCACACACUACACCAAAAACGCGGCGGCUCUAGUUACGUUUACAAGAAAUUGCGGUAGCCAAUAGUUACGCGUUGGGCUUUGCAAAUCACCGCUCUACCUACCACCCUCCCUCCCUCCAGACUUUCAUGACAAUCACCCCGGCGAUAUAAUAUCCACUUGGGACCUAAGUGCACGACGUGACCCGACUUCCUAGAAUAACUCACCUAUUCCGAUCGACCUUUGCAGAAUCUCCCCUAACCGCAACCAACCAACUACCAAUAUCAAGAUGGGGGGCCAACUAUCCAAGAUGAUGGGCAAGAUCUUCGGAUCUAAGGAAAUGCGAUUGCUGAUGUUGGGUCUCGACGCCGCCGGCAAGACCACGAUUCUGUACAAGCUGAAGCUCGGCCAGGACGUCACUACUAUUCCUACAGUCGGCUUCAACGUCGAAACGGUCACAUACAAGAAUGUCAAGUUCAACGUCUGGGAUGUUGGUGGUCAAGACAAGAUCCGACCUUUAUGGAGACAUUAUUUUAGCGACGAACGGUGGGCGCACGAACACGGCAACACGGCAUACUCACCUAGCUAUUUAACAAUCACGAAAAGUAUAAACACUGAUGUCAACAUGCAAAUAGGAACCCAAGGUCUCAUCUUCGUCGUCGACUCUUCUGACCGCGCACGAAUGGCCGAGGCCAAACAAGAACUACACCGCAUUAUCAACGACAGGGAGAUGAAGGACAGCUUGCUAUUGGUAUUCGCGAACAAGCAGGAUAUCAAGGAUGCUAUGAGUCCCCAGGAAGUAACCGAUGCUCUACAACUCCCCGCUUUGAAGGACAAGAUCUGGAACGUGGCUCCCAGCUGUGCCAUGUCGGGAGAGGGUCUGCUCGAAGGUCUGGCAUGGCUAUCGAACAAUGUCAAGGUUCCCCCUACACCCCCCAAGAAGUAGGCCUUCUUAAUUCUCUGCUGUUCCCUUGAUACCCUUGUUUGCUGUUUGAUUUAGAAUAACUGCGUCGCGAAGAGCCAACGGGGGCGUGAGCGCGAGCGUGGGUCAAUUUGGUGGUCGAGCCGCAAUUCGUCUGUUCGACUCGCACAUAGUCUGUUACGGCUCUUAAUAAUACGAA